UAUCACGUGACACACAGCAACCAUGCAAAAUGGAGGCCAGGGGCUGGGGCGAACUGCCCACUGCUCACAUCUCCUGUCUCUUUCCAGAAGUAUUGACAAUUAUUUUCAGCUAUCUUGAUGUGAAGGACAAGGGAAGAGUAGCGCAGGUUUGCACCGCAUGGCGAGAUGCAGCCUACAGUCGCAGGGUUUGGCGAGGAAUCGAUGCUAAACUGCACCUUCGUCGAGCGAAUCCCUCUUUGUUUCCAAGUCUGGUGAAACGUGGUAUAAAACGAGUACAGAUUUUAAGUUUGCGACGUAGUUUAUUACGUGAUGUGAUUUGUGGGAUUCCAAACAUUGAAACCUUGAAUCUAAGUGGGUGUUUUACCUUAACAGAUAUUGGUCUUGGACACGCGUUUUCACAAGAUUUGCCCGGCGUUACAGAGCUAAAUCUAAGUCUGUGUAAACAAGUGACCGACAGUAGCCUGGGGCGAAUCGCACAGAGUUUGAAAAACUUGGAACUGUUAGAGCUAGGUGGUUGUUGUAACAUCACAAACACUGGCCUCCUCCUGAUAGCAUGGGGUCUGAGGAAGCUAAAAUCCUUAAACCUGAGGAGCUGUCGACAUGUUUCCGAUGUUGGAAUUGGGCAUCUUGCAGGAUUGAGUCCCCAUGCAGCAUCUGGGACACUAGAACUCGAACAUCUGGGAUUACAAGACUGUCAAAAACUCACUGACCAAGCCUUAAGGCAUGUCAGUUCUGGCCUGUUGAAUCUCAAGACUAUUAACCUCAGUUUCUGUGCAAGUGUCACAGAUUCUGGGUUGAAAUUUCUUGCCAAAAUGCCUAGUUUGAAGGAACUCAACCUGCGAAGCUGUGAUAAUGUGAGUGACACUGGUCUGGGGUAUCUGUCGGAAGGUGCAGCAAGAAUUGUAGCAUUA